AUGAGUACCCUAUUGUGGAAUGUUCAAGGGAUUGGCAACCCUUGGACUGUCACGGCUCUUGCCACUCACGUCAAAGAAUUCAAUUUAAGCUUGGUUUCCCUUUCUGAAACUCGUUCGAAAAGUGCGUAUAUGGAGACAAUUCGAGUUCGGUUGGGUUUUGAUGGUUGCUUUUGCGUGGAUGCGAAAGGCAAAAGCAGGGGGCUGGCUCUCCUUUGGAAAGCUCCUUUUGCGGUGCAAUUGAUGUCCUUCAAUGACUUCCAUAUUGAUGCUUGGAUCAAUACGGAAGAGGAUGUUAAUUGGCGAUUUACGGGGUUCUAUGGGGAUCCCGAUCCUUCGCAAAGAAAACAUUCUUGGACUCUCCUUAAACGGCUAGCUCGCAGCUAUAAUGGUCCUUGGCUUUGUGGAGGAGAUUUCAAUGAGAUUAGAGGAAUUCAUGAGAAAUUGGGAGGAGGGGGGAAACCUGGAUAUUUGAUGAAAAAUUUCAACAAUGCGAUAGACAAGUGUGCUCUAAGAGAAGUAGAAUAUGAAGGCAGCCACUUCACUUGGUGCAAUGGCAGAAAGCAAAAUUUGAUCCAUGAGCGCUUAGAUAGAGUUAUGGUCAACAAAAAAUGGUGGAAUACCUAUGCAAUUGCAAAUGUAAAACACCUAAGUAGAUGGUGUUCCGAUCAUUGCCCUCUCUUAGUAACCUUUAAAGCCAUCGCAAAUGAUGAUAAAAAGCAACCGCCAUGGGGAUAUAGAUUUCACUAUGAAAAUGCAUGGGCUGACAAAGAAGAAUGCCCUCACAUUGUCAAAGAGAUUUGGGAGGGGGGAAACACUAUACAUUCGGCAGAAGAGUUGGGGAGACGCAUUAAUCAUUGUGGGCAGAUUUUGGGUCAAUGGAAUGCAAAGGAAAAAAGGACAGCCAAGCCAAAAUUAGAGAACUGA